GCCUAGGGGAGUUGGACACACUGACAGAUACACACAGACUUACUUAGAAGAGAGAGCAGGGGACUUUUCUGUACACACCGUGGAUCUCUUUCUCACUCUGAACUCUGCCAGAGGAGGCCUGCAUGCUCGCAUGUCAAGAGUUGUGCGGUCAAUGUGUUGUUCCUACAUUAUUGUGUGUUUUGUGUGUCUGAGCGUCUCCGUAAGAGCCUGUGCAAGUGUGUCGUAUUGAGUGCGUAGAAGCAUGUGGGUUUAACAGCCUGGCCCCUGAUGGAAAAGGGUGUCGCUGGCCCCCCAGACGUCUCAGCUCCCAGCGAUGGGGGGCUGCCAGAGUUACCCAUCUGCUGCGGAGACAGACAAAGGACAACAUACCUUCGAUACCAACAAACUGGGAGACAAUAACAAUGAGCUGCUGUUGGAGCAGCGUCCCUACCUGCGGCAACAGUAUGUCUCUGAGAGGAUCACACACAUUGAUAUGACCGCCCUCACUGCCCUGCCACCUGGGCUGGACGAGGCUGAGUGGCUCGCCAGCAACACGGUAGUGUUCUUUAAGCAUAUUAACCUGCUGUCCAGUGCUCUGUCUGAGUACUGUACUCCUACCACCUGUCCUACAGCCAGUGGACCAGACAACAUGGUAUAUACAUGGACAAAUGACCAGGGGAGAAAGUUGAAGUGUUCUGCUCCUCUCUACUUUGACUAUGCCAUGUCCUACAUCCAGGGCCUACUGACUGAUGAAGAUGUCUUCCCUACGAGAGCAGGGUCAGUGUUCCCAGCAGGCUUUGUGUUCCUGGUCCAGAAGGUGUUUCUCCUGUUGUUCCACGUUCUGGCUCAUAUCUACUGGAGUCAUUACAGGGAGACCCUUGCUCUGGGUCUACACCCUCACCUCAACACGCUGUUCACACACCUCAUACACUUCAGCCUGGAACACAACCUACUGGAGGCAGAACACAUGCAACCUCUACAGGACCUGAUCACCUCUCUGGGACUACACAGACUUACUUGAUGAUUGUACCUUCAUGGAUGUACACGAAAAGUAAUUUGCGCGUGCGCGCACACACACACACACAGCUUAAUUGAAGUCUCUUUUGUAUAAACUGUGAGAUAAGUUAGAAGAGCAUGUUGUGUAUUAAUAUUUAUGCUGUUGAAUGUGAUUUGUUUAAUAUAUACAGUAAAAUGAGGAUGUUGUUGUGGUAUGUUAUUGAAUAACUAAGGUAAAAUGGAUUCCCAAAUGGCCUGUAUACAAUGUUAUCUAUUAUGUUAUUCUUCAAGACUUUUGGAAGCAGAGGGCAUUUUGCAUAGAUUUUUUUUUUUUUAUCAACUUAAAUUCAAAAAAAUUGGUCUGGAAUUUGCUAAUUAUGCCAUUUAUUCUACUUCUCCAGAGUUAGAUUAACUUGUGGAUGAAAUUUUUAUGUCUCUGUUUUCAGUAUGAAGAUGUUAAUUUAUAGGUAGACUCAGCAGCUAAUGCUAACUAGUAUUACCGCAACAACUGUAAGUUUCACAUGCAUUUUUGUUAACUCUAACCUUUUGUAGACAUCUAACAAAUAUUUUUAAACAUAUGUAUAGUAUCUCUUGUUGACAGAUGAAAAGUAUGAUUCAUGGUUUUGGAUGAUACGGAAUUGGGCAAUGGGAUGGGGAUUUUAAGCAUGUGUGUAGUAGAUAAAACAAAAAUCAUCUUUUUGGCCAUGAUAUAUAUGGGGUAAAUGAGCCAAAAUGAGGGGUUUGUGACUUUGUUUCCUUUGUUUGCACAACGGUAAACACUAUUGUUAAAAUAAUUUAUUAGUGGAAAAUUCUACCCAAAUUCAUUACCCAAUGCGAAAUUGAGUAUUGGCUUAGUCAACCAAUCAAUCAUCUCCCACAAAACCUUGCCCUUAUGCCUUGUGCACCGAAGCACUCAUUCCAGUGGUGUAAUGCUUUAAUGGGACAGCUGAGCUCUCUCGAUAGGUACUACUCUCAGGAUAGAACAAAUCAAUGUUUGCUUCAAUAAAAUGUGUUUUUAGUGAUAUAUUUUUGUCAUUGCAGUAGUAAGCAAUCUAACUAAUUGAAGCAACAUUGCAUUUGGUGUUGUAGGCUAUUAGCUGGUUAGCUUAUUUAUUGUGUUAUGAAGUGAUUAGCUGAGGCUAGAUUGGAUGUCAUUUUUUUUUUAAUGAUAACUUAAUAAAUACCACUCCAUUUGGA